AUGGUGUUGACCAUGGCUUCUCAGGAUGUCCAGAACUUCUUCCAACCUUUGUCUUCCUGGCUAUCCCGAAUUUAUGAAGCUCUCCAGCAAGCCGGGGAUGCGUUAUCUGCUUCACUGGUUCUUCUUAAAAAACAGGAUUCGACGCUGAGCGAUAAGCCAGAGCGGGACUUAGAUGCUAUUCAGGCUCAGGAAACCUGCUUGGAAGAUGACCAACUGGACCACGAUGAGAGGCCAGAGGAGGCAAGCCCCCUGUUUCUUGAAGAGGACCAUUUCUCAUGCUCUAAUAGUGAUUUGCAGGACUCGGUCCAAACGGCAAGCCCCACACUUGGUCAGCAAGCCAAAGACUCACGCUCUGUAAUACCCCAGUGGCCCAGUAAGAUCCCAGGGCCCCCCAAGUCCCAGCAUGUGCUUUCUUCUAUCCUUGAGGAAGAACAUCACUCUGAGAGGCAGAGAUGUGGCCGUCAGCAUGGCUCUGACACACAGCUUCCUGACACGUUAGAAAAAGUUAAUGAAAGAAAACAAGUUAACAGCUUUGGGGAUGAUGAAGAGCUGUCCACAUCCUCUGAGAGUGAUGAAGAUGUGAUUAAGCAGUUCGAGAUCUCGGUGUCCCGAUCCCAGAGUUUCCUUACAGGAGUGCCCGAGAGGGGAAAGACAGCAGAGUUGGAGCAGAAAACAAAAUGCAGACGUUUGCUGUGUACCCACCGAGAAGACAGCACUGAAGGGUCUGCUUAUGAAGGAAUUCACUGCAGCGCAUUGCAUUGCAGGCAAGGGCACAUCAAUGAUUUGGAUGGAACCAGCCAACUCAGUUAUUCUGAGAUUCUGUCUUAUGAAGAUCGCCCCAUUUCCAUUCUCCCACAAUCUCCCUGUGAGAGCAGGGACACCAGGCACCAUGUCCCUUGUCAUCCAGAGACUGGCAUGGUCCGAAGCCUCAGUCGUCCUUGUACAGUUGGCGUCCUGGAGACGGAGACAGCUUUUGAUAGUCGGGGCUUUGAAGAUUCCUAUGCCACCCACAGCUCCUCUAUGUGGAGUCCAGAGGAACAGGAUGGGACCAGUCUACAGGUACCACCCAGGCUUUUGGAGCCUAUCUCAAAAUGCGGUGACCUUGAUGUCAUCUUUGAAUAUAGAGCUGUAACCCAGAAGCUCACCGUGACCAUUGUGAGAGCACAGGGUCUCCCAGAUAAGGACCGAAGUGGUGUCAACUCCUGGCAAGUUCACAUAGUGCUGCUGCCCAGUAAGAAACAGAGGGGUAAGACGAACAUACAGAGAGGGCCCAACCCUGUCUUCAAGGAAAAGGUCACCUUCACCAAGCUGGAGCCUAGAGAUGUGGCUGCAUGUGCUGUCCGCUUCCGCCUAUAUGCUGCCCGCAAGAUGACCCGGGAGAGAAUGAUGGGAGAGAAACUGUUCUGUCUCAACCACUUGCACCCAGAAGGGGAAAUGAAAGUGACUCUGGUUCUGGAGCCAAGAAGUAAUCUGAGCAGUGGAGAGUCUCCGCUCAGCCCAUCUGUGGUGUCUCACAGUGACAGUGCUUCAUCCACACAGUCACUGUCUCAUGGAGGCGUGCCAGAGCUAUUGGUGGGACUGUCCUACAAUGCCACAACAGGACGAUUAUCUGUGGAAAUGAUCAAAGGCAGCCAUUUCCGCAACCUCGCUGCUAACCGAGCUCCCGAUACAUAUGGAAAACUCUUCCUUCUCAACUGUGUGGGUCAAGAGAUGUCCCGCUGCAAGACGUCCAUUCGGCGUGGCCAACCCAAUCCUGUCUAUAAAGAGACCUUUGUCUUCCAGGUUGCUCUCUUCCAGCUCUCGGAUGUUACCUUGAUGAUUUCUAUUUAUAGCAGGCGCACUAUGAAGCGCAAAGAGAUGAUUGGCUGGAUUGCCCUGGGCCAGAACUGCAGUGGGGAGGAGGAACAGGAACACUGGGAGGAAAUGAAGGACAGCAAGGGCCAGCAGAUCUGCCGGUGGCAUACAUUGUUGGAAUCCUAG